AGUAGGCAUUUUCGCAGUGCCACACUUUCCUGAGCAGAGGAUUCAGACCGAAGAUGAGUCGGGCCGUGCUGCAGGUCUUUGAAGAGUAUCAAAAGGCACGUGUGACCUUUGUGCAGACCGUGGCAGAUUUGGCCACCCGGCCCCAGAACAUUGAUGCCUUGCAGAAUGCAGGUGUCAUGGCUUUGUUGAGGCCCCUCUUGCUGGACAACGUGGCUUCCAUCCAACAGUCAGCUGCUCUGGCCUUGGGCCGCCUGGCAAACUACAGUGACGAAUUGGCGGAGUCCGUAGUCACCCAUGAGAUCCUUCCACAGCUUGUGUAUUCGCUGGCGCAGCAAAACCGCUUCUACAAAAAGGCGGCUGCCUUCGUCCUGCGCGCGGUGUCGAAGCACUCCCCGCAACUGGCUCAGGCGGUGGUGGAUUCUGGCGCCUUGGAAGCCCUUGUGAACUGUCUGGAAGAGUUUGAUCCAUCCGUCAAGGAAGCUGCAGCCUGGGCCCUGGGCUACAUUGCCAGGCACACCAAGGAAUUGGCACAGACGGUGGUGGAUGCAGGUGCCGUGCCUUUGUUGGUGCUCUGCUUCCAAGAACCUGAGCUGACCUUGAAGCGCAUCUCUGCGUCUGCUCUCAGUGACAUUUGCAAGCACUCGCCGGAACUAGCACAAACAGUGGUGGAUGCAGGUGCGGUCUCGCUGCUGGCCAAGGAUAUCUCCCACAACGAUGCUCCGCUGAAGCGACAGGUCUGCAGCUGCCUGGCACAGAUUGCGAAGCACUCGGUAGACUUGGCAGAGGUGGUCGUGGAGGCAGAGAUUUUCCCACGGAUCCUGCACUGCUUGAAGGACAUCGAUGAGUUCGUGCGGAAGAAUGCAGCCACCUGCAUCCGCGAGAUCGCACGCCACACUCCAGAUUUGGCAAAGCUCAUUGUGAACGCGGGUGGCGUGGCAGCCAUGGUCGACUACAUCACAGAGGCUCGUGGCAACAACCGUCUGCCGGGUAUCAUGACUUUGGGCUACAUUGCAGCGUUUUCCGAGACCUUGGCCUUGGCAGUGGUGGUGUCCAAGGGCAUCCCACCCCUCAAAGAUGCCCUCAUCAACGAGCCAGAAGACCACCUCAAGGCAGCAUCUGCUUGGUCUUUGGGCCAGAUCGGCCGCCACAGCCCGGACCAUGCUCGUGCACUGGCCGAAGCCGAUGUCUUGCGCCGCUUGUUGGCAGUCUACUUGCACCAGGACUCCAGUGAAGAUCUCCGAACGAAGGCGAAGCGCGCUUUGAAGAGCGUCAUUCAGAAGUGCACCCACUUGCCGGCGCUGGAGCCCCUUUUGGAGGCGCCGCCCAACAUCUUGAAGUACGUGGUGCAGCAGUUUGCCAAGGUCUUGCCCAGCGACCUCAACGCCAGGAAGUCCUUUGUGCAAUCAGGUGGUUUGCAGAAGAUCCAGGAAGUCAAAGCCGAGGUGGGCUCCAAGCUGCACGACUACAUCGAGGAGAUCAACAUGCUUUACCCACCGGAAAUUGUGCAGUACUAUUCUCCCAACUACGCAGAGACGCUUCUCAAGAAGAUGGAGGACUUCAACCCAACUGGCUGAGGAGGAUCGAAUCUGCAAGAUACCAGUGGUUGGCUCACAGUUCAAAACUCGGACUGAGCCUCACCUGCAUAAGCCACGCUGUGUUUGCGCAACCAGCGCUGCAGCGCUGUGUGCAAGUGCCGCCGAAAGAUGAGGUUUCCAGAGAAGAGAAAACAGAUAAAAUAACGGACUUCACUGUGAAUGUCAACCACAUAGGGUGUGAGUUGCCCCAGCAAGAUAGAAGGGCUUGGUUCUCAAAGUCAAUGCCUCUGCUCCUCGGCCUUGCAAAUGUUUUGAGACGCGCAAGUAAACCCCUACCAGUUGAAGAGGACAGAGAAAGUCGGUCAAUUGGGGUUUUACUAACAAUUCUCUGCACAGGUUGACCGGCCAAUGUAAGGUUUCUACUGCACCUGGCGGCACCUGGCGGCAAAGAGGAGCAAGUGGCUGCAAGGGAAUCCUCACCUGUAAUUCUUUUCACCCCCAACGUUUUGCACCGAAGGUGCAUAGGUUGUACUGAGUGGGCAA